GCCGCCCCGCCCGCCCGCCCGCCCGCCAACGACCCGCAGGUUCGAAGGACGCGGCCCGGCCCGGCUCGGCCCAGCAUGGGGCUGCCCCGCGCCCGCCUGGCCCUGCUCCUGGCACUGCCCGUAGCCUGGGCGCUGGCCCGAGCGGGACGCGACCUGCCCACGGACCGGCCCGUCACGGCCGCCGCCCAGUCGGUGCCCGCCACGCCCAGCGCCAUGGCCAGGCCGGGCUCCCUGGCCACGCUGGCUGCUGGCCUGGCCAAAGCGGAUACCCUGGUGGCUGCGAGCAGGCGGGCGGUGGCCACGGACCCGGCCAAAGUGGAUGCCACGGUAGCCAUGAGUAAGCGGGCGGUGUCCGCGGGCCCGACCAAGGCAGGUACCACGGUGGCCGUAAGCAAGCAGGCGGUGGCCACGGGCCUGGCCACAGUAGCCAUGAGCAAGCGGGCGGUGGCCACAGGCCAGACGGAGGCGGACGCCACGGUGGCCGUGAGCAAGCGGGCAGUGGCUGCGGACCUGACAGAGGCGGACACCACGGUGGCCGUGAGCAAGCGAGCGGUGGCUGCGGACCUGACGGAGGUGGACGCCACGGUGGCCGUGAGCAAGCGGGCGGUGGCCCCGGGCUUGGACACGGCCGUCACGCCGGGCGCAGAGGCCACCCUGUCGGUGGGCGACCCCGGGUACCAGUGGCAGCCGUGGGGGCAGUGGUUCUGCAACUGCGAGGCUGGCAGCAUGGCACGGGUGCGGGACGUGAACUACACGGUGCCCGACGUGGUGCUGGCCCCUGACGACCUCAAUGCGCUGCGCUUCCAGCGCGUGCCCUGCAAGUACCGGCAGUGCCCCUGCAGCCGCCAGAGCCUCCAGUGCGCCGGCAAGGAGCUGACGUGCGAUGCACCCAGGCCCUACCUGUGCGCCGUGCGUGACAUCCGGGAGGCCCAGUACCACGAGUCGCAGCGCUUCUGGCGCCACAUCCGCAGCCAGCUGCGCGACCUGUGGGACAACGUCCGCCGGGCCUUCAUCCAGGAAAAGGCGCACAGCCACAAAGAGAGCUGAGGCCGUGCCCCAUCUCGAGGACACCGCAACGGCCCUGGCAUCCGCACAUGGCAGUCACGCCAGCCAUGCUGGCAACUCCAGAGAUAUUUAAGAGUAAAGGUUGUUUUCAAGG